AUGAAAUCUGCCAGCUGGAUCAAGACGGCUUUCGCCAAGGGCGCCGGUCCCAGCAUGGGGUUAUGGCAGAUGCUACCUGGUGCCAAUGUCUCUCGGCUGCUUGCGCGCACGCCCGGCGUCGAUUGGGUCUUGGUGGACUGCGAACAUGGCAACAUUGACGAUGCCGCUAUGCACGAUGCCGUUCCCGCCGUGGCUGCGGCAGGCGCCUCUCCCAUCGUCAGGUUGCCCGAUAUCCAGUCCUGGAUGGUGAAGCGUAAGCGAGUUCUGGUGCCGCUGCUCCGUACUGUCCAGGAAGCCAAGGAGCUCGUCCAAGCGGCCAAGUUCCCGCCAGUAGGCCGAAGAGGUUUCGGCUCUCCCCUCGCCAUGGAACGUUUCCAACCGGCUCCGACCAUGACCGAGUACCUCCAGCAAGCGAAUGACACGCUUUUGACCAUGGUCCAGAUCGAGACGAAGGAGGCCUUGGACGUCGUUGAGAACAUCGCCGCCGUAGACGGCAUUGAUGUCCUCUUUAUUGGUCCUUUUGACCUAGGCAACAACAUCGGCCACCCUAUUCUCAGCGGCAUCAUGAAACAGGAACUCCUCGACGCCAUCGCCCGCACCCUGGCCGCCACCCACAAGGCCGGAAAGAAGUGCGGCAUCUUCUGUACUUCCGGCGAACAGGCUAAGAUGUUUGCGGACCAGGGCUUCGAUAUGCUCAGCGUCGCCACCGACUACACGGCUCUGCAGGCAACGUUGGCCGAGUCGGUCAGCGUUGCGCGGGGCAUUGCCAAGCCGGCGAGAGGAGGCACUUACUAG